AUGUCAGGUAGCAAAGAUGGGGGUGACUCCUCCAGCGACUCUGCGGCGGAAGACAGAAAGAGGUCAAGAGAAGAGCUCGUGGCCCUGAGGACGCAAGUUAACUCGCUGACGGAUCAGACGGGCCAGCUAAUGUCGCUAGUGGAAGAUACCAUGAAGACAAGCAAUAAGGAGGAGCCAGCUGGCACCAUGGAGGGUGCCGCUGAUCUCGGCGAUGCUAGGGAGAGCGCCGCCGCGGAGUCCACGAACGCCGAAGUAGGGGCACCGUGGACCGGGAGUGCGCAGGACGGGAGGUACCUGCGCGAACCUGUUCGAGAGUGUGGCCCAUCAGGGCGACACAGCGGCGAAGCAGGGGGCUUUGUCCCCCAAGAGGUGAGAGUAGCCGCUGCUCACCACCAAGAUUAUAGUAGUGCCAUGGAAGAUGGUGGUGCUGCUGUUGGCUUUGGAUACGGAGCCACAACCCCAGCGACGGGGUACCAAAGUGUGCGGUACACUUCUCCUCCGUUCAGCGGGAAAUCGAAAGAUUUCAACGAAUGGCUAAAUGAUUUCCGCAUUGCAGCUAAUGGCGCAAACAUGUAGGAACAAUUUGAAGAGAGCGGGAGCUUGGAGAUUCCCGUCAACAGUGGAAAGAGCAAGUUUUCGCUGUCACAGCAGUACCGGAGCGAGCAAGUAGAGCUCGCAUUCCACGCGUGGAACUUCCUGUCGCACGCGUUGAAAGAAAAAGAUCGGAAAAUCAUGAAGCAGCAGAGACGCCCCAGGGAGCUCUUCGUGAGCUCAAGGCCGUACACGACCCUGAAUCAUCUGUACAGCCGUCAGAGGACAUCAAGUCCCUGACGUCGACCAAGAUCUCCGGAGGUGAAAAUCCCCAAAGCACCCUCAAUGAGAUGCUCCAAACCGCAAAGUCCUCAACCGAGAAAGGACUAACUGUCAACGAAAAGUUCGUCCUUCACCUCUUCCUGGAUGCCCUUUCGGACGAGUAUGUCAUGACAAAGCACAACCUGCGACACGCGAAGGAGUUGACGCGGACCAGUGUGCUAAAGGAAGUAAUGAUCGAAUACAAGGUGAUCAAGGACAAGCUGGAGCAGGGGAAAGGAAAAGGGGCGAAGGGUGCAGAGCAAGCGUACUUCGCCGACGGUGAGGGCCGCAGGGAGCGGUACUCAGGUAGGAGCCAGGGGCAAGGUCGUGGUCGUGGCGGCGGCGGUGGCGGAGACUUUAAGUUCCCCGGGCCGGUGCUUUAGGUGUGGACAUCAUGGACAUUAAGCGAUCGGCUGCACUACCAACGAGAAGGACUUCGUGCCGUGGUAUGUGCGCUGCGAGGGGUGGGGCCACACCAAAGAAAAGUGCGCGACGGAGGAGGCCGUCCUAGCGCAAGUGGUGGAGCAUGAGAGCGACGUGGACUCCGUGGAAGACCAGGCGUUUUUUGCCGUGGCAGUCCCCCCGGGCCGAGUGUGGUACCGUUGGUGAAGUAGGUCUAGUGGGGGUUGUGGAACAAGGCCAGGCGGUGUACGUGGCCGACACAGCGGCCACGUGCUCCAUGUUCCGAUGUGCAGACAACUUCGUGAACUACCGUGAGCGUAGCGGUUGGGUGAAGGGGAUCGGAGGCGACAAGGCCCCCGUUCCUCUUCUAGGAUACGGAGAUGUGACCUUAGUCCUACAGACGGAAGAUGGUGGAGUACCCGUACCAGUACUGAAUGCUGCCCAUGUACCAGAGGCCCCCUACAACCUCCUCUCGCUGUCUUCGUUGGCGGAGGAGGGCCACACGUAUUCGGGGAUGAAGGGGGGUCUCACGCUAACCACGAAAGCCGGGGGGAGGUGUGGUUCCCCCUGACUGGAAAGCUGCUGACCCAACGAGGCUAUCAAAUAAAGCCAACGC